GCAGCUUGGAGGUCCACAGCUCGAUGCCUAUUAUUCACCCUCAACUUCGCCCCAUCAUCCACCUUUCUACAACACCACAGCCGAUCUGAAUACACCGCAGAUAGUAGAACGAGACGACUUUCAAAAAGAACGACAGCUCCCACUGCAACUCCGCGACCUGCGCCCCCCGGCAUGAUGGCAGGCUGGUUCGCAUCCACCACCCAGAUCGAUGAGCAGAUUGACCGGGCGACGUCGAGCUCACUAGAGGAUAUUUCCCUCAACCUCGAGAUUUCCGAUGUCAUACGCUCGAAGGCUGUCCCCUCGAAGGAUGCCAUGCGCUCCCUCAAACGACGCAUAGGCAACAAGAAUCCCAACACGCAGAUCAGCGCGCUCAACCUUACGGAUACGUGUGUAAAGAAUGGCGGGUCGCAUUUCCUGGUCGAAAUCGCCUCUCGCGAAUUUAUGGACAACCUGGUCUCUCUGCUCAAGGCAUAUGGAGGCGCCGCAGUAAACGAGGAGGUGAAAGCGAAGAUAUUGGAAUUAAUUCAGACCUGGGCAACGGCGUCAGAAGGGCGAUACGAGCUCUCGUACAUUGGUGAGACGUACAAGAGCUUACAGCGGGACGGCUUCCAUUUCCCACCCAAGGUCGACGUUGCCAAGAGCAUGCUGGACAGUAGUGCGCCCCCGGAAUGGACUGACUCCGAUGUUUGCAUGCGAUGUAGAACUGCCUUCAGCUUCACGAAUCGCAAGCACCACUGUCGAAAUUGCGGCAACGUAUUCGACCAACAAUGCUCGAGCAAAGUCCUCCCUCUUCCCCACCUGGGCAUUCUCACGCCGGUCCGGGUUGACGAUGGCUGCUAUAUCAAAUUGACGGACAAGUCAUCUAAGGGCGGCGGAUCUUUCGCUAAUGAACAAUCGCCUACACAUAAGCAUAAGCAUCAUUCUUCGAUGCAGCCACGAAGUGCCCGAGUAGAUGAUGGGUUCGAUGAAGAUCUGAAGAAAGCUCUUGCGAUGAGUUUGGAGGAGGUUAAUGGCCAUUCUGGCGCUGGCUACGUUCCACAAGCCAAGAUUCAAUCACUGAAACCUGCGACCAAUGGCACGUCUAAGCCUCCGGCCAGUAAGCCUGCGGAAGAGGAAGAUGAGGACCUAAAAGCAGCUAUUGCGGCAUCUCUGGCAGAUAUGGAGGAGCAGAAAAAGAAGCAUGCAGCAACAAUUAAGGAGCAGGCUGGCACCAAGAGUUCAGGCACAUUCGUAUUGCCCAAGAACGACUAUGAGCUCACUCCUGUUGAGGCAGAGAACAUCAACCUAUUCUCGACAUUGGUCGACAGGUUACAAACCCAACCUCCCGGCACUAUUCUACGAGAACCGCAAAUCCAGGAACUGUACGAAAGUAUAAACAAGCUCCGACCGAAAUUAGCCCGAACUUAUGGUGAGACGAUGAGCAAGCAUGAUGCCCUUCUUGAUCUCCACGCCAAGCUCUCGACUGUUGUACGAUACUAUGACCGUAUGCUGGAGGAGCGGCUUUCAAAUACCUACAGCCAACAUACCAUUGGUGGCUAUAAUCUCCCCCCACAGAGACAAGCGUCGACAAUGUAUCCAUCAAUUUCGGCCAAUGUCCCGGCUGGAGCUGGUACAGCUGAGAGCUUCUAUACUGGCAACAGCCAACAAGAAGCUUACGGCCGGCCACAAUCUACUUAUGCCGCCUAUGGUGCCCCUCCACAACAGUACCAACAAUACGAUAGGAGGGCUUCUAUGGCCGGCCCGGGGUUUCCUGCCCACGAACAGCGUAGCGAGCCAUUCAACCAAUACCCACCCCAACAGGCAACGCAACAGAAGUCUCCACAAGUCCAACGCACUGUAAGCUGGCAAACCCCUGACCCAGCAUCUGCCCAGUACGCUCCCCAAGCUUCAAACUACUCACAAGAGAAUACCCCAACGCCGCAACAACAAGCACCUGCGCCUGUCAAUCCCCAACAGCAAGCACCUCCUCCCAUGAAUGCCCCCUCUCAACCUCCGACGAACUAUGGCCCUUCAGAGCCGGCCAUGACGCCAAAUGCAGAUCCAAAUGCAGCGUUUUAUUACAAGAAUGCAGCGCCGGGUCCACAGAUACAGCAAGCUCCUGAAUCAAAUUCUCAGAAGUACCCUCCCACUCAUCAAUCACCUCAGCAAUAUCACACUUCGAUCCCACAACCCGUCUCGCCCCUAUUAUACGCCCGACAACCACAGAAACCUCAAGAGCGAUACGCGCCUCCGCCUCAGCAACAGGCUCCCCCGCCCCAGCAAGCUCCACCGAUACAGCAAGCUCCACCGAUACAACAAGCUCCACCUCAGCAGCCGCAACAACCGUCGUAUUGGCCACCACAACAAACACCGCAACAACAGUGGCAAGCGCCUGCACAAACAUAUGCCGGUUACACACAGGAUGCCUUUCCUUCGGCACCUCAUCAUACCCCUCAGGUGAAGGUGGAAGAAAGUCUAAUUGAUCUUUAAUGUCUUUAGGCAUGGAGCGUGGCGUUGGGGGCAGCAGCAAAUUGUAUAACCCUCAAUUCUGGAACGGUGGAUCUAGAGCUUCUUCUGCUCUGUGUAUUUGGCUCACAUGAAUGAACGGUGCAUUAGUUAGAUAGGGACUUCCAAAUGCACUAUCUAUUGAACC